GUCGUCGUAUCAAGCAAGUUUCCUUCCCCGAUAUCUCUCUGCUCACUGCCGUCGUCGUCUUCCCCAAAGUUUUUCCCGCGCAUUUCCUCUAGUUCCACCGCUCGGCAGUCGGCAAUGGCUCCCAAAUCCGAUAGCCCCGAAGCAAUCGUGCUCAAAUUCGUUAACCAGCAAAAUCGGCCACUGAAUUCUCAGAUUGUAGCGGAUUCAUUACAAAAGGACAACCUCAAGAAGACUGCUGUACAGAAAGCACUGGAUACUCUUGUGGAUACUGGGAAGAUUUCGUUUAAGGAGUACGGCAAGCAGAAGAUAUACAUAGCUCGCCAGGACCAGUUUGAGAUCCCAAAUGCUGAAGAGCUUGCUCAGAUCAAAGACGAUAAUGCUAUGUUGCAGCAGAAACUGGGUGAACAGAAGAAGGCAACUGCAGAGGUCGAGGCAGAAAUCAAGGCUCUAAAGUCGAAUCUAACACUGGACGAGAUUCGGGUCGAAGAAGCCGUACUAAAGAAGGAGGUGAAGGAAAUGGAAGAAAAAUUGUUGAAAAUGCGUGGGGGAGCUGCCUUGGUGAAGCCAGAGGAGAGGAAAGCUGUUGCUGAAAUGUUUAAUGAUAGAUUGAGUCAGUGGAGAAAGCGUAAAAGGAUGUUCAAAGAUCUGUGGGAUGCCAUAACUGAGAACUCACCUAAAGAUCUGAAAGAAUUUAAGGAAGAACUUGGCAUCGAGUAUGACGAGGACGUGGGUGUAAGUUUGCAGUCAUUCAGUGAUCUGCAGCAGCCCGCUAACAAGCGACUGAGAAGCAAGUAAUUAUCAGCAGUUCCAUAAAAGUUUUGACUUCAAAACGUCUUGGUCUGUUUCCUGACUUAAACGUCAUAUCAACUAUGUAGAUUCUUUAUACUGCCUAAGCCACGCUUUCCUCCUGUGUUCUUCUGCAGACUUUCCUGUUUAUAGACGUUGAUCAUCGUAGUGCUGUUAUUCAAUUUAGUAAGUACCAUCGGU